AUGUGCUUUGCAGUGAUUAUCUAUGUGGCUCCCCGACUCUUUGAUUCUCCUUGCUUUCUCUUGAUUUCAGUCUCUUUCUUUCUUCUAUUGCAGCAGGCCUCAGAGAGCCCUUCCCGAGCUCAACGCCGUGGCAGCUCCUCCUUGACAUCAGGAGGUCGAAGUGGCUCUGUCGAAGAUAAAUCUGUGGAUAGUAAACCUCACGCAACAACAGCCAAAAGAAAAGUUCAAUCAGAGAAUUCAGACAACCAGAUGGGAAAGACAGAGCAGUCGAGCUCCACUGAUUCCAAACGAACCAGAUCAACCAAAGGUCCUGCAGAAGCUGUUCAAGAAACAGGAGGGUGUCCAACUCCAGGUUGUAGUGGUCAAGGACAUAUCACAGGCAAACAUGCAAGGCAUCGAACGGUGCAGGCAUGUCCUAUAGCUGCAGCAGCCAAGAAACGGAAACAAGAAAAAGAGGAAGAGGCACCCCAUCCAAAACGAAGCCGGAAAAGACAACAAAAUGAGAGCCUUGCCCGGGCAAGUGAAGAUGAGGGUGGGAUGUCCGAGAGUGAAAAUGAAGACCAGGAGAGUAAGACCAGCGAAAAGGAGAGUAAACAAAAGGAAAGCGGAUCAUCGUCAAAUCUGAUUAACUCCCUUGAACAAAACCUCAACAAAAACGACUCAGGUGAUAUUCUGUCAGACUCAAAGAGCCAGCACAAACUUGAUGUGACUGCUGCAGCUGCUACUCUGGCUGUAUCUUCUAAGUUGUUGUCUAGUCAAGGAGGAGGAGGACCAACAUCAGAAAUUGAUGACGAACAAAAGUGUUUCCAGGAAGCCGAGAGGGCAUUGCGCAGCUUAUCUGGAGAAUAUGACGGUGCCGAAGAUUACUACAACUAUUCUAAAAAAUCUCGAGAUGCUGAGACAGAAGGUGAUGGGGAAGACAGCGAAGAAGCUGCCACAGCAACAGUCAAGAGUGAAGAAGUUCAAAUGGUUGAAGGGUCACCAAGGGAAACGGCUAAUGAUACAGAAGAUGAAAUGGAUGGUAACAAAGAUGAAAGCCAGUCACAGGGUGGAAACUCUGAAGAAUCCGGGAAAUAUAAUAGCCAGGUGUCAUCGGAUGAUGAUGCUGAAAUUCUCUUGAAGAUUGAACAGCAGUGUGCAAGCAUCCAGUCAGGUGCUACAUCAUGCUGCUCAGCAGAAAGCGAAUAUAACAGUGAGGCUGAACCAGAACAGGAUGAGAUUGAGGUGCCAGAACCGGUUGAAGAAGAGGAAGAAGAAGUGGUCGAAAGCAUUGACGAAGUGGUAGCUGAGGUGGAGUGCGAGAGUGGGGAGCUCAUCGACGAUAAUGAUGAGGACGAUGAAGAUGAGGAGGAUGAAGAGGACGAUGACGAAGAUGAUGAGGAAGACGACAUGCCACAACCAAAAGAAAUGAACAUCCAGUCCAAACUGGCAAAUGCUCCCUGCAUUUAUACAGAUAGCUCAGCAUCCACAGUGUCCUCGGCCAAUGUCCACUGUGUGGCCACAGGCACAAUGGUAUCCCCAUCAUUGUCUGGGUCCGAAUCCACACUACCUCCAACCAGCACGGCAACAACAAAUUCAGUGAUGGAAACAGUUGUUGGGCUGCCUCCCGAAGAAGCUGAAUAUAUGGUUGUAGCCGAGUGGACCCCAUCAGCAGCUGGGGUAACCCCUACCUCUGUUAUGGGUUCUGUGCAACCUCCUGUUGCACCAUUAAUCAGGGGCAAUACACAGUGUGUCAGCAAUGAGUACAAAGUUUUUAAUGAGGAUGGGCAGGAACUGAUCAACUCUGUUACAAAUAGCAUUGAUAACAACAAUCUGAAACGACUCCCUGAUGAACCAUUGGGUGGUGUUGGUGGAACGGAUGUCGGCUCUGGUGUUACAAAAGACAGUAAGUGUCCAACUCCUGGCUGUGAUGGCACUGGCCACGUUACUGGACUCUAUUCACAUCACAGAAGUUUGUCCGGAUGUCCAAGGAAAGACAAAGUGUCUCCUGAAGUACUUGCCCUCCAGGAUCACAUUCUGCGGUGUCCAACGCCAGGAUGUAAUGGACGAGGCCAUGUCAACAGUAAUAGGAAUUCUCACAGAAGUCUGUCUGGAUGUCCCAUUGCAGCCAUGGGGAAAAUGAUGAAUUCUCAAAAUAAUAAAAAGACAGGCCUGCACCUUGUCCUCAUUCCCAAGCAUGACGACCCUUCUAAGGCCGUUCUAGCUGCCUGCACGGAGACUGACCUGCUCAGGCUGGCCGCUCAUGAGCUGAUAACUCCCCCCCCCGGUCUGUCUGCCUCUCUCUCUCUCUCUCUCUCUCCUUUUUCAGAUUUUCUCCUUUUACAAAUAAUCAAAUAUAUCCUUGCUAACAAGAGGGAUGAUACAAAAGAAAUGGCAUCAUCUAAUCCUGAUCUGUCAGGAAAUUCCCAAAAACGUUGGGUCCCCGACGGAGAGAAAGGCAUAUUUGUCUCAACAGCUGGCACCAAGGUGCCCUCAACCAAAGGGUCCACACUAUCCAAUCCUGUGAUCACCAAUCAAGAAGUGGACACACGUUCUGACCGCGUCCUUCGUCCGAUGAUCUUGACCAAGCAGCUGGACCUUCCUUGUUAUGAAUACCCACCAUAUGUGUCCACCUCGACACCCCGCACCAAUUUAGCUAAGGAGCUUGAGAAGUACAACCGGCCACCUACAGAAUUUCAGACAUAUCAGUCCAAACUUUAUCCAGGGAAACCCAUUGCUCCCAAGCCUAAGGACUCUGGCAUUGAACGGCCAAACAUACUGAGUAAAAGACCCAACUACAAGCCCCAGUACCGCUAUGACCCCCAGGUACCAGUUGCCCUGAACCUAUCCACCAAGACCCCCACAAACACUGCAAACUGUAUAACCAAUGGCUCUGGGCUAGAUCUCACAAUGAAAACUCUACCUGGGGUCACUGUGGCUUCAGUGAAUGUAACUGCUGGUGGGACUACAAGCACAACGGUGGCUAGUAUCACUACAACAACGUCACUGCCCGGUAGCACAGUGCCACUGAGUAGCCACAAUGCUACCAGUCCCGGAGGUUGUGCUGCCACUGUUCAGCCUCUCCAUCAGCAAUCAUCAGAGCUUUUGGGGACCUCCUCACCGUCUGCUCUCUCGGUAGCCAACUCCAUGCCUGCCUCACUCUCAUCACCACCUCUCAAUUCUGUAUCAUCACCAUCAUUAAACGGAGAAUACAGCAGUAUGACUGUGUCUCCUGUCAAUGUUCCCACCUUGGAAAAAAAUAUUGGUCUCAAUGGUGUCUCAAGUCCUAAAAGUCCCAGUACACUGAACAAAGCAUCUCCUAUCCACACAACUCCACCUCGGACUUCUAGGGAAGGCCGAGAAUUGAUUCACUGUCCCACCCCUGGUUGUGAUGGCAGUGGCCAUGUCUCAGGAAAUUAUGCUUCCCAUCGGAGUCUGUCUGGCUGCCCCCUAGCUGACCGGGCAACAGUAUUAGCUAGUCAUGUCGAACAGAAAUGCCCCACCCCAGGCUGUGAUGGCUCAGGACAUAUCACGGGAAACUAUUCCUCACACCGCAGCCUCUCAGGUUGCCCUCGGGCUGCUAAGUUAAAGAAAAUUCUCGGAAAAGAUGGCGAACGAAAAGAUGACGAACCGCUGAGGUAG